UGCAAAUCCCAGUCUUUUCACUGUUGGACGCAUCCGUGGCAAGAUGAGUAAAGUAUCAAGAGACACACUGUACGAGGCUGUCCAGGAAGUCCAGAAGGGCUCCAAAGAGAAGAAGAGGAAAUUCCUGGAGACGGUCGAACUCCAAGUCAACCUCAAGAACUACGACCCCCAGAAGGACAAGCGUUUCUCCGGAACUGUCAAACUGAGGCACAUCCCUCGUCCCAAGUUCUCAAUCUGCAUCCUGGGAGAUCAGCAGCAUCUUGACGAAGCCAAGGCCAAUGGCAUUCCAUGCAUGGACAUCGACGCCCUCAAGAAGCUCAACAAGAAUAAGAAGCUCGUCAAGAAGCUAGCCAAGAGGUACGAUGCCUUUUUGGCCUCUGACUCGCUCAUCAAACAGAUCCCCCGUAUCCUUGGUCCUGGUCUCAACAAGGCUGGCAAGUUCCCUACCCUCCUGACCCACUCUGACUCCAUGGUGUCAAAGGUCGAAGAGGUCAAGGCAACCAUCAAGUUCCAGAUGAAGAAGGUUCUGUGCUUGGCUGUCGCCGUCGGACAUGUCGACAUGGAUGAGGAGGAUCUGGUGUCCAAUGUCAACCUUGCGAUCAACUUCCUUGUCUCGCUCCUCAAGAAGAACUGGCAGAAUGUCCGCUCUCUUUACAUCAAGAGUACCAUGGGAAAACCACAGCGUGUCUACUAGACUCGCAUCCCAGUUCCAUCAAGACACUAUACAACAGAAAUACCACAUGAAAACCUUCGCAUCUCUAGUAGUUUCACACAACCCCCUAUCCAUCAAGAAAACAUGGUGAACCUUGGCACCUGCCUAUCCGCAUUGAUCAGCGGCUUGUUACCACUCCCAAGAGCGGUACAUCUAGAAAAAUACGGAUGUAGCAGUAACAGUUGAACUUUUCCAAAGCCAUUGUUGCAUUUGGACACCCAUUUCAGAUUGCAAUAGUCAAUAUCUAAUGCAGUAAAUAAACCUGUCAAAAGUGCA